AUGGCUGGCUUGGCUCCUCCUGCUGCCUCACGCCCCCUGCUGCUGACCCUAAUGGCCAUAACUCUGGUGUCCUCUAGCUACCCUCAGCCACGCCUCCGACCCAUACACAGAGGCACCUCUCCAGGCGAUCCAGGAGACAAGAGGGAGUAUUGGGAGGUUCUCUGGCCCUCCAUCUCGCUCCGUGAUCGGAGCAAGCAGAUGAUGUCAGCCCCAGACUUUGGUGCGGCCAAGAGCAAGGCAGAGCUCCUGGGGGAGCAGUGGCUCCCAAUGGUGGGCCAGUCGCAGAUGGACGAGGACAUGGCCAAGGGCUGGCUGGGUGGUGACUGGGCUCUGCAGGGAUCUAUCAAUGAGAAGAGGAACAUCGUGGUGGCAGAUGAUGCAGCGUUCAGGGAGAAGAGUAAGCUGCUAACCGCCAUUUAGAGAAAGAAGUGGCUUAACUCCUAUAUGCAGAAACUGUUGGUUGUCAACUCCCAGUAGUAAUAUGACUGCUAAGCCUAUACAUAACGUACCCUGAUUUAAAUAAAGUAUUCAAUAUUGUACACUGAUUGAAAUAAUGACAUUUUCUUUCCGAAUUGAAAAGUCAAUAAAGAUAUUUAUAUUAAUCUUGGCCAUGUUCUGUUAUAAUCUCCACCCGGCACAGCCAGAAGAGGACUGGCCACCCCUCAUAGCCUGGUUCCUCUCUAGGUUUUUUCCUAGGUUUUGGUCUUUCUAGGGAGCUUUUCCUAGCCAACGUGCUUCUACAUCUGCAUUGCUUGCUGUUUGGGGGUUUUAGGCUGGGUUUCUAUACAGCACUUUGAGACAUCAGCUGAUGUAAGAAGGACUUUCUAAAUACAUUUGAUUGAUUUAUCAGAUCUUUGUGUGAUGUUUGAUGAAGAAUAAACUCUGGAUAUGGAGCAUCAGUCGACACAGGAUAUACAUGCAUAUGUUUAUGUAAAUAUUUUGAUCCAGUUGAAUUCCUAAUUGAAGUAAUGAAUACGUUGAUCCUUCCAUGGCGAUGGCGCCAUCGUUGUACAGCUGUGGGUCUACCA